UGAAAUUCCCACUGUAGUUGCUCCUGUUGUUUCCGAUGUGCCACAAAAAGAUGAUAUUGAUUUUGGUAAUCCUACCAGCAUAGAAGUACCUGUAAAAGAUCUAGAAGUUGAAUCUGGCUCUCCUGAAGAACAAAAAUCAAAAGAGGGUACAGAAACUCUAGAGCUAAAUUCAAAUUUGAGUACAAUUGAUGUUGAAGAUGAAGUUAUUGGAUCCUCUUCCUAUGAAGUGAAGCCUUCAGACUCUGCAAAAGUGGAUGAGAAAAAGGAUGAUGGCUCGGAAGAGGAGAGAAUACAGAUUUCAGCAAAAAUUCAAAAGGAUCUUGAAGCUCAAAAUGAAGCAGCUCAAACUGAAUUUAAUGAAAAUAUUUCCCAAGGAGUUGGAGUUAAGAAUGAUGAUGAAAUUGUUGAAGGCGGAAUGGAGACAUCCACUGUCCCUGAUGAUAUUCCUUCACCUGCUAAAGUUUCUUCUGAAUUGGAAAGAGUUUCUAAGCCUGGUGUAGUGGUUGAGGAAGAAGAUACUUCUUUGGAACGUGAUAGCAUUGAUACUGCGCCGAAUGUGGCUGAAGUUUCAUGGGAAGGUGAAAAUGUUUUUCAAGAUAAAUUGAUUGGCAAGGAUAAAGUUGUAAAUGCUGAGGCUGUAGAGAGGGAUUUGGUUGAUAGAAUUACAGAUCCUACAGAAGCAGAAGUUUCUUCUGAUCAAGUAAAAUCUCCUGCAACCACAGAGAUUGUAAAUGAAGCUCUGGAAGUGACAUCCAAGGAACUCAACAAUGCUCCUGAAGCUAGUGAAGUAUUUUUCGAGGGUGAUAAAAUUCCUGCAGUUGAUGAGAAGAGUGAAAGCUUGGAAGGUGAAGCUGCAACUUCUGUGCAGGCGCCAGCAGAUGCCACAGCAGCAGAAGAACCACUUGAUCAAGUGGUUGAGGAGAAGAAUGAGAAGAGUGAAAGCUUGAAAGGUGAAGCUGCAACUUCAGUGGAGGCACCAACAGAUGUCACAGCUGCAGAAGAGCCACUUGAUCAAGUGAUUGAAGAGAAGAAUGAGAAGAGUGAAAGCUUGGAAGGCAAAGCUGCAACUUCAGUGGAGGCACCAACAGAUGCCACAGCUGCAGAAGAACCACUUGAUCCAGUGAUUGAGGAGAAGAAUGAAAAGAGUGAAGGCUUGAAAGGCGAAGAUGCAACUUCAGUGGAGGCGCCUACAGAUGCCACCGCUGCAGAAGAACCACUUGAGGAGAAGGAUGAGAAGAGUGAAAGCUUGUAUGGUGAACCUGAAACUUUAGCGGAGGCAUCAACAGAUACCGCCGCUGCAGAAGAACAACUUGAUGAAGUGGUUGAUGAGAAGGAUGAGAGGAGAAAAAGCUUGAAUGGCGAAGCUGCAACAUCAGCAGAGGCACCGACAGAUACCACCGCUGCUGAAGAACCACUUGAUCAAGUGGUUGAGGAGAAGAAUGAGAAGAGUGAAAGCUUGAAAGGCGAAGCGGCAACUUCUGCAGAGGUACCAAGAGAUACCACCACUGCAGAAGAACCACUUGAUCAAGUAGUUGAGGAGAAGAAAGAGAAGAGUGAAAGCUUGAAAGGUGAAGCUGCAACUUCAGCGGAGGCACCAAUAGAUACUACUGCUGAAAAAGAACCACUUGAUCAGGUGGUUGAGGAGAAGAAAGAGAAGAGUGAAAGCUUGGAAGUCGAAGCUGCAACUUCAGCGGAGACCCCAAUAGAUACCACUGCUGCAGAAGAACCACUUGAUCAAGUCGUCGAGGAGAAGAACGAGAAGAGUGAAAGCUUGAAAACUUCGUUGGAGGAACCAACAGAUAUCACCACUGCAGAAGAACCGCUUGAUCAACUGAUUGAGGAGAAGAAUGAUAAGAGUGAAAGCUUGAAAGGCGAAGCUGCAACUUCAGUGGUAGCACCAAGAGAUACCACUGCUGCAGAUGAACCACUUGAGCAAGUGUUUGAGGAGAACAACGAGAAGAGUGAAAGCUUGAAAGGCGAAGCUGCGACUUCAGCGGAGGCACCAAUAGAUCCCACUGCUGCAGAAGAACCACUUGAUCAAGUGGUUGAGGAGAAGAAUGAGAAGAGUGAAAGCUUGGAAGGCGAAGCUGCAACUUCAGUGGAGACACCAACUGAUACCUCUGCUGCAGAAGAACCACUUGAUCAAGUCGUCGAGGAGAAGAAUGAGAAGAGUGAAAGCUUGAAAACUUCAUCGGAGGAACCUACAGGUAUCACCACUGCAGAAGAACCACUUGAUCAACUGAUUGAGGAGAAGGAUGACAAGAGUGAAAGCUUGAAAGGUGAAGCUGCAACAUCAGCGGAGGCAUUGACAGAUACCACCGCUGCAGAAGAACUUCUUGAUCAAGUGUUUAAGGAGAAGAAUGAGAAGAGUGAAAGCUUGAAAGGUGAAGCUGCAACUUCUGCAGAGAUACCAAGAGAUACCGCCGCUGCAGAAGAACCACUUGAUCAAGUAGUUGAGGAGAAGAAAGAGAAGAGUGAAAGCUUGAAAGGCAUAGGUGCGACUUCAGUGGAGGCACCAAUAGAUACCACUGUCGCAGACGAACCACUUGAUCAAGUGGUUGAGGAGAAGAAAGAGAAGACUGAAAGCUUGGAAGGCGAAGCUGCAACUUCAGCGGAGACUCCAACAGAUACCACUGCUGCAGAAGAGCCACUUGAUCAAGUCGUUGAGGAGAAGAAUGAGAAGAGUGAAAGCUUGAAAACUUCAUUGGAAGCACCAACAGAUACCACCACUGCAGAAGAACCACUUGAUCAACUGAUUGAGGAGAAGAAUGAUAAGAAUGAAAGCUUGAAAGGCGAAGCUGCAACUUCAGUGGUGGCACCAAGAGAUACCACUGCUGCAGAAGAACCACUUGAGCAAGUGUUUGAGGAGAAGAACGAGAAGUGUGAAAGCUUGAAAGGCGAAGCUGCAACUUCAGUGGAGGCAUCAACAGAUACCACCGCUGCACCACUUGAUCAAGUGGUUGAGGAGGAGAAUGAGAAUUCAGUAAGUGACACACAAGUUUCUUCGGAGGAUAGAUUGGUUGUUAAGGAGAAAUAUUUGAACGAUGAGACCAAAGAAAUAAACUUGGAAAGCCAAGCUGAUGGUGCUCGUGAAAGCCCAAGUGUUGUGCAAAGUGAUUUUACUGAGAAAUCCGCAUCCCAAGAACCUGCCUUUUCAGAAUCCAAAACAGAAGAUUUAAAAGAUGUUGAAACCAAGCUAGCGUCUGAGAAUGACAGCAAUCCAGUGGAACCACCUUUGGUUUCUACUGAUCUUUCCAGUAUAAAGGUACCUGUGAAAGAUCUAGAAGUUGAAUCUGGCUUUCCUGAAGAACAUAAAUCAAGUGGGAGUGCAGAAACUAAAGAGCCAAGUUCAAAUGUUAGUGGCACUAAUGCUGGAGGUGAAGUUGUUGGCCCAUCUUCUGAUGAUGUGAAGCCUUCAGGAGUUGCGGAAGUGGAGACAAUGCAGACUCCAGUUGAAAUUCAUGAAGGUCUUGAAGUGAACCCUGAUUUUGCUCAAACUCGAUCUGAUGAAAUUUUUUCUGAAGGGGUUAAUGUCAAGAAGGAUGAUAAAAUUGUUGAAGGCGGCAUCGACAUAUCCGCUGUUCCUGAUGACAUUUCUCCGCUUGCUAAAGUUUCAUAUGAAGAGGAAAACACUUCUGAGCCUGGUGGUGAUAACUUUGAUACCGUGCUUAGAGUAGCUGAUGUUGCAUUUAAAGAAGGAAACAUUUUGGAAGGGGAUGAAUUAGUUGAUAAGGAAAAGGCGAAUGCUGAGGCUGUAGAGAGAGAUUUGGUUGAGACAAUCACAGACCCUGCAGAAGCUGAAGUCUCUUCUGUUCAAGUAAAAGCUCCUGAAACUAUUGAGAUUGCAAAUGAUGCUCAUGAAGUGUCAUCCAAGGAAUUCAAUAUUACUUCUGAAGCGAGUGAAGUCCCUUAUGACAGUGAUAAAAUUUCUGCAGGCGAUGAGAAGAGUGAAAGCUUGGAAGGCGAAGUUGCAACUUCAGUGGAGGCACCAAAAGAUAUCACUACCGCAGAGGAGCCACUUGAUCAAGUGGUUCAGGAGAAGAAGAGAGAGAGUUCAAUAAAUGAGACGCAAGUUCCUUCUGAGGAUAAAUUGGUCGACAGGGAAAACGAUGUGAAAGAAGAGGCCAAGGAAAUAAACUUGCAAAGCCAAGCUGAUGGCGCUGAUAAAACCCCAAGUGUUGUGCAAAGUGAUUCAUCCGAGACAUUCACAUCCCAAGAACCUGUGUUUUCAGAAUACAAAAAAGAAGAUUUGAAAGAUACUAAAGUUAAGCCAACAUCUGAUGAUGAAGGAAAACAAGAUGUGGCACUCUUGGCUUCAACUGGUGUGGAUAUUUCUGAAGAUGGAGAUAUUGUGGCUGAGACGCAGGAAGUGGAUAACCCAGAUUCCUCAAAAGACAAAGUCAAUAUCAAAUUGAACAAGUCAGAAGAUUCAAAAGAUGAAAUUCAGGUGCUAGUUCCCGACGAAAGUCAUGCUGUAGUUCUUCCUGAUGCUUCUGAAACAAUACAACAAAAUGUUGAUCCUAGUACUCUUACCAGUGAAGAGGCGCUUGUGGAAGAUCCAGAGGUUGAAUUUGGCUCUCUUGAAGAACAGAAAUCGAAAGAGAGUACAGAAACUGAAGAGCCAAUUUCAGAUGCGAGUACAAUUGAUGCUGGAGGUGAAGUUGUUGGAUUCUCAUCCUAUGAAAUCAGGCCUUCAGGAGUUGCAGAAGUGGUCGAGAAAAAGGAUGAUGGCUCGGAAGUGGAGACAAUACAGACUUCAGCCAGAAUUUAUGAGGAUUUAGAAGCUAAACCUGAUUUAGCUCAACUGCAAUCUGAUGAAAAUGUUUCCCAACUAGUUGAGGUCAAGAAGGAUGAUGAGAUUGUUGAAGGCAGCAUAGAGACAUCCACCGUUCCUGAUGAUGUUCCUCUAUUUGCUAAUGUUUCAUCUGAAGAGGUAAAAGCUUCUGAGCCUGGUGCUGUGGUUGAGGAGGAGGAAAAGACUUCUUUGAAAGGCGAUAACAUUGAUAUUGUGCCAAAAGUGGCUGAAGUUUCAUUGGAAGGCGGCAAUUUUUGUGAAGGGGAUAAAUUGGUUGACCAGGACAAAGUGGUGAAUGCUAAGGCUGUUGAAGAGAGAGAUUUGAUUAAUAAUUUUACAGAUCCUACAAAAGCAGAAGUCUCUUCUGAGCAAGUAAUAGCUCCUACAACUACUGAGAUUGUAAAUGAAGCUCUAGAAGUGACGUCUCAGGAACUCAAUAUUGUUCCUGAAGCUAGUGAAGUCUCUACUGAGGUUGGUAAAGUUUCUGUGGGUGAUGAGGAGAAGAGUGAAAACUUGAUACUUGGAGAAUCAACAUCAGCGGAGGCACCAAAAGAUAUAACUGCAGUAAAAGAAUUGCUUGAUCCAAUGUUUGAGGAGAAGAUUGAGAUUCCAGUAAGUGAUUUGGCAGCUUCGACCGAGGUUAAAUUGGUUGACCAGGAGAAAAAUGUUAUUGUAAAAGAUGACGAGGGAGACUUCAUUAAUACAUCCACAGAUGCUAUUGCAGCUGAAGCUUCUUCUGAGCAAAUAAAAUCCCCAGAGAUUGUUGAGGAGGAGAGCGAUAAGCAAGCUCUAGAAGAGACAUCAAAGGAACUCAGUAUUGCUCCUGACGCUAGUGAGGUCCCUUCUGAGGAUGAUAAAAUUUCUUCCGGUGAGGAGAAAUCUGAAAGCAUGACUGUUGAUGCUACAACUUCUGUGGAGGCACCAAAAGACAUCACCUCAGUGGAAGAGUCACUUGAUCAAGUGAUUGAUAAGAAGAAUGAGAUUUCAAUAACUGAAAAGAAAGCUCUGCCAGAGGAUAUGUUGGUUGAAAAGAAGAGAAAUCUGAAUGAAGAGGCUGUAGAGAAAGAUUUGGUUGAUACAUCCGCAGAUACUACUGCAGCUGACGUCUAUUCUGAUCAAGUAAAAGCCUCUGAAACCGCUGAGAUUAUAAAGGAGGACAGCAAUACACAAGCUUCGGAAGUGACAUCAAAGGAACUCAAUAUCGCUUCUGAAGCUAGUGAUGUCCAUUCUGAUGGUGAUGAAGUUUUUGCAAGUGAUGAAGAGAAGAGGGAAAGCUUGAAAGGUGAAGAUUCAACAUUAGUGGAGGCCCCAGAAGAUAUCAAAAUUGUAGAAGAGUCGCCUGAUCAAGUGAUCAAGCAGAAGAGCGAGAGUUCAAAAAGUGAGAUGGAAGCUCCGGACAAGGAUAAGUUGGUUGACAGGGAGAAAGAUGUGAAUUCGGAGGCUGAAAUUGCAAACUUAAUGGAUACAUCCACAGAUGAGGUGGUGGCUCCGACUGAGGAUAAAUUUGUUGACAGAGAGAAGAAUUUGUAUGUAGAGGAUGAACAGAGAGACUUAAUUGAUACAUCCAGUGAUGCUAUUGCAGCUGAAGUUUCUUCUGAACAAGUAAAAGCCCCUGAGAUUGCUGAGGAAAAGACCAAUAAACAAGCUCUAGAAGAGACAUCCAAAGAACUCAAUAUUGCUCCUGAAGAUAGUAAAGUCCCUGCCGAGGAUGAUAAACUUUCUGCAGGUGAGGAGAAGAGUGAAAUCUUAAGAGUUGAAACUGAAACUUCAGUAGAGACGCCAAAAGACAUCACCACCGUCAAAGAGUUACUUGGUCAAGUGAUUGAGAAGAAGAAGAGUGAGAGUUCAGCGAGUGAGAACAAAGCUCCACCUGAAGAUAAGUUGGUUGACAAGGAGAAAGAUGUGAAUGCAGAGGCCGAAGAGAGAGAAUUGGUUGAUACAUCCACAGAUCCUUCAGCAGCUGAAGUCGCUUCUGAUCAACUAAAUGCCUCAGAAACUGCUGAGAAUAUUAAGGAGGAUAGCAAUAAGCAAGCUUUUGAAGUGGCAUCCAAGGAACUCGAUAUCACUUCUGAAGCCAUUGAUAUCCCUUCUAAGUGUGAUGAAGUUUUCGCUGGUGAUGAAGAGAAGAGCAAAAGCUUGAAAGGUGAAAAUGCAAUAGUGGAGGCAUCAAAAGAUAUCACAAUUGCAGAAGAGUUGCCUAAUCAAGUGAUCAAGCAGACGAGCGAAAGUUCAAAAAGUGUGUUGGUUGGCAAGGAGAAAGAUGUGAAUGCAGAUGCUGAGAAGACCAACUUACAUGAUACGUCCACAGAUCCUACUGCAGCUGAAACUGCUGAAAUUACAAAGGAGCAGAGCAAUAAGCAAUCUUCAGAAGUGACAUCCAUUCCUGAAGCCUGUGAAGUUUCUUCUGAGGGUGAUAAAGUUUCUUCAGGUGAAGAGGAGAAGAUUGAAAGGUUCAAAGGUGAAGAUGCAGCUUCAUUGAAGGUACCAGAAGAUAACAUUACUCUAGAAAAGUCAAUUAAUCAAGUGAUUGAGGAGAACAACAGUGAGAGUUCAAAAAAUGAGUCAGAAGCUCCAAUUGAGACAACCAGAGAUUUAGAUACUUCUAUGCUAUUUCCUGAGGCGGCGAAAGAUAUUAUAGCAUCAGAAGAAGUUAAGGAGAAGCAAGAUGAGGCCUCCAAUGAUCUCGAUGUGGUGGGAAACAAAGCUAGCGAUUCUGAGAAUAGAAAGGAGGAAGUGUUACAGAAUACUACUGACAAACCUGAGGAAGAAAAGUUGGGAGCUGAAAAGGCAGAGAUUGAGAAAUCAAAGGAUCAAGGUUCAAUUGUUUCUUCUGAUUCUGCGGAUGCAAAACCGACCAAAGAGGUGAGUAAGCGAGAAUCAAACAUAUUCUCCAAGGUAAAGCGCUCAAUUGUGAAAGCGAAGAAAGCAAUCCUUGGGAAGCCAUCAAUUCCCAAGUCUUCAUCAGAAGCAAAAAAUUAGAACACCUAAAUUACUUAUAGAUCCUUUAAACUCGUAUGAAUUUCAUGUCCCCAUCCGUUGUGUCAUAUAUGCUGUAAAAAUCUUUGGUAUUCUCUUCUUUUGUAGGUGUGAAAUUAUUUAGGUUUGUGCAUUGUUAUUGUUGCUUCUGUUCAGUUGAUGGUAUUUCCACAUUGAUUGUUUAAUGUUAUGGCUCAACUCAGA